CUUUCUCUUUUUUCCUAGAGACUGUUGGAUGCUCUUUGGUCAACAGCGUGGAGGCAGAUGGCCAGGGAUGAAAUUCCACUUCCCCAGUCAACAGUCAUAUAACCUUGGACCAGUUACCCAAACUUCUCACUUGUCGAACAGAGUCUCCAAGUCCAGAGCUGCCACAAACAGGGGCCGGCAGAAGAGGGGGAGAGAUCAUCCAGGAUCUGAGGCAGCUGAAGGCAGGAGUGGUCCUUCCUGCACAGCCGACUUCUAAGACAGCAGGCUCCGCCUGGAUGGACUCUCAGCCUUCAGUAAGGAGGGCACGUGGCACAGGUGGAUGGCUUGCCUCUGCUACUCAAGUUCACAACAGCAGGGAACGUGGCUGCAAAACGCUCGUGGGACACAGAAUCCAGAGAUGCACAAAAGACGACCGAAAUCCAGGCUUCGUUUCCUCCUUGCACUAAAACUGAAGCUUCUAGAGGCUACCUACGCCCCCUCCACCCAGUCCUGGUGUCCAACAGCCACGCUGAUCACCCCCAACAAGUGCCUGCUCCUCUCUGGCCGGAAGAUCCCGCCCCUGCCAGGCAGCUGCAGGAGAGCUGAAGAAGGGAAGCUGAGCUGGUUUGGGGGAGGGGACUUUCUUGGGACCCAGCAGGUGUCAGAACUUGGCUGGGUUCUGCGCAUGCCUCUUGGCUGGGAGCCAACCCCAUGUCCACAGGAAAUAAGGCCCAAACUCCAAAGAGAAGCUGCCAGCGACCACCUAAGGGGGCACUGGGGACGCUGGACAUCCUGGAGACACAGAAUCUUCUUCCUGGCUUUGGCUGUCCUGGUGGCCACAGUUCUGUGGGCACUCAUCCUGAGUGUCCUCUUGUCCGAGGCCUCCAGCGAGCGGGAGGCGCUACUCCAGCACCAGGACGCGCUGAGUACAAACGCCUCCAAGCACGCGACGGCGCUGGAUACCUUGAAGAAGGAGGUCGGAGCCUGCGGGAGCUGCUGCAAGGAAAACAAGGCUCAGCUGCAGAAGGCAGUCCUGGAGCUGGCGGCUACCCAGGCCAAGCUGUUGGAACAAGAGAGCGCCCUGAAAGAACUGACCACCCGCGUGACGCAGGAGGUGGCUAAAGCGAGCAGGGACCGCGAGAACAUCCGCAGUGAGCUGUACCGGGCACUGGACAACACCAAGGUCCAGAAUGGCUCCUGCGAGCCGUGUCCCGACAAGUGGCUCCUCUUCGAGGGCUCCUGCUACUUUUUCUCCGAGAGGCCGGACACGUGGGAGCAGGCGCAGCAGCAAUGCGCACUUAUCAGUGGGCACCUGGUGAUUGUUGGGGGCCUGGAGGAGCAGGGCUUCCUGAGCCGGAAUUUGCAAUACAAGUACGGUUACUGGCUGGGCCUGCGGGCCGUGCGUCGGCGGGGCAGGAUUGAAGGCUACCAGUGGGUGGACGGAGUCCCGCUCAGUUUCAGCCACUGGAACACUGGGGAGCCCAAUGACUCCAGGGGCCAGGAGGACUGUGUCAUGAUGCUGGAUUCCGGGUUGUGGAAUGACGCCCCCUGUGGGAAUACGAGAGAUAACUGGAUUUGUGAGAAGAGGCGCAGCUGCUGACUCCGCCCAGUGCCCCGGAGCCACGCCCAUGGGGCGCCAGGUACUGCAUUACCGUCGUGGCUCCUGGCACCCACUGCCAAAGAUUUUUUUUUUCCCAUCCACCACUACUGAAAACCGCUCGGCCCAGUCCAGCCCUGUCGGGUGCUUGUGGCCUGAGACCUGUGCUGCAGUCUGAAGACCUAACCUGACCUCUGUCUCUCCCCAAACCCCCCACUCCAAGGCUCCUGGGAUAUGCCCCAUCUCUCUCCCUAGUCACCUUAAGGUGGCAAAGAGGUGGAGCUGUUUGAUGUUCUGGCAUUUUCCCUGGAAUGGGAGCAGGUUUCACAGUCUGGGGAAGUAGCAAUAAACAUUUGAGGCGUGAACCUGGA